AUACGAUAUGUCCCAAGUGAAUCGAGUACUAUCGAAAACUCUGGAGUCUAAAUUUUUAGGCUACUUUUCAAAGGAAUCUGAUCAUUCCAUUUUUUUAUUACACUAUAUUAUUGUAAGUGAAGUAAUAAAAGCUGCAAAAGAAAUUGAAUUCCACUAAUCUAGUGGAUUGUUUUUAUCUCAGGAGCAAAAAUGUCUCACACAAUAUUACUUGUUCAACCAGGUAAUAGACCUGAAACAAGGACAUAUUCUGAUUAUGAAAGUGUUAAUGAAUGUAUGGAAGGUGUAUGCAAAAUUUAUGAGGAGCACUUAAAGAGGCGAAAUCCAAACACACCAACUAUAACUUAUGAUAUCAGUCAACUAUUUGAUUUUGUCGAUCAACUUACAGAUUUAUCAUGUCUUGUUUAUCAAAAAUCCACAAAUACAUAUGCUCCAUACAAUAAAGAUUGGAUUAAAGAAAAAAUAUAUGUUUUACUACGUCGAGCUGCAGGACAUAGUGAAUAA